AUGGCCGUCAGUUUCGAGGAGAAGUUCCAAUCCUUGAAACAAUCUCAAAAACUUGAGGAUGAAGUGAACCAAGUGAUAAAGGAUAAGCGCUCAAUCUUUAAGCCGUCAACUAAAAACUCGACGAAAAUCUUGGGUUCUUUUGUCUUCCCAAGAUCAGUCGGUGAAAUCGCUACUGAUAAACCACCUCAGGGAGCUGACAAUGGUAAAGGUGGCAUCCCACUAUGGGAUUUCUUGAAUUAUAAUUUCUUCCAUUUGAUUUUGGUUGCAAUGUUUCUUGUGUACUCUAUUAUUAGAGGAUGUGAAUAUUUUUGCCGAAGAGCUCGCUUAAAAUUCUUGGAAUUGGCGUACAAUCCAUCACAAUCCCCACAAUUGAUUAGACAGGAUGUCAAUAAGUUGGAAAAAAUCCCAAAAAAAGUGUCUGUUAUCCUAUCUUUGAAAUCUGAACAUGAAGAAGGUGGGGGCGUCGAAGGUUUGUUGAAUGACGCCGGCGAAGUGACUUCUUGGUGUAUUGGUUCAGGUAUUCCUAACUUGACAUUGUUUGAAUAUAACGGUGUUUUGAAGACACAGGUACCGACACUUAUCCAUUCUAUAAACAAGUCAUUAUCCAAUUAUUUUGGUGCUAAUAAUUUGCCUACAUUUGUGGUCAAAAUUCCGAGACUAGAUUUAGUUGCCUACGGUAAUGGCGAAUCUUCUCCAGAAGAUUACUUAACCAAUGAAAAACCAGCAGACAUUGAAAUCACCUUAAUCUCUACCGUUAAUGGAAAGAAAACUAUCGCUGAUUUGGCCAAGACAAUGGCGGAUUUGGCGUCAAAGCAAGAACUUCAAUCCAAAGACAUAACAAUUGAUUUAAUUGACUCUGAGUUGACUGAUUUGUCUGGAUACGAGCCAGAUUUGCUAAUACUAUUUGGUCCUGUAUUAGACCUUCAAGGUUAUCCACCAUGGCAGAUCAGAUUGAGUGAAAUCUACUGGGAACAAGACAAUGAUGAUGUUAACUAUGUGGUUUUCUUGAACGCCUUGAAAAAGUUUUCCACUUGUAAAGUUAACGUUGGAAAAUGA